CGCCAUGACAGUCCGGCACGUGACGUAGGGUAAGUUCCUGCUGUGGCUUAAGGGAAACAUAUCGACAUUCAGCCACGGGAGAAUCGCACUUUGCGGCCUGUGGAAGCCCCCCUCCCUGAGCGAUGGCCUCACCAGUCUCAGCCUACAACUCCAACGCCCUGGACACCCACAUCUCCAGCACCUCCAGAGAGUCCCUGAAGAUGGAGUUGUUAGCGGAUGUGUCUCUGCUGCCAGGGGAGGAAAGAAUCAUCGAUAAAGAAACCAUGUACAUCUGUCCAUUCAGUGGAGCUGUGAAAGGCAAAGUGUUGAUCACCAACUACAGACUGUACUUCAAGAGCUCAGAUGCUGAUGUGGCGGUGACGCUGGACGUUCCUCUGGGUGCCAUCAGCCGGGUGGAGAAGAUGGGCGGGGCUUCGAGCAGAGGAGAAAACUCAUACGGCUUGGAUAUCACCUGCAAGGACAUGAGGAACUUGAGGUUUGCCUUGAAGCAGGAAGGUCACAGCAGACGAGAUAUCUUCGAGCUCCUCUUCAAAUACGCCUUCCCCCUCUCUCACGGUCUGCCACUGUUUGCGUACGUGACUCAGGAGAAGUACGCGGAGAACGGCUGGAGCAUCUACAGACCUGUAGAGGAGUUCAGACGCCAGGGCUUACCGAAUAACAAGUGGCGUAUCACCUUCAUCAAUAAGAGCUACGAGCUCUGUGACACCUACCCCACCGUACUGGCCGUACCCUUUAAAAGUAAAGAGGAGGACCUGAAGAGAGUGGCUGCCUUCAGGUCCAGAGCACGCAUACCGGUUCUCUCCUGGAUCCACCGGGAGAACCAGGCCGUGAUCUGUCGCUGCAGCCAGCCUCUGGUUGGCAUGUCUGGGAAAAGAAACAAGGACGAUGAGCGCUACCUGGAAAUGAUCCGGGAGGCAAACGACACCCCCAAGCUCACCAUCUACGACGCUCGGCCCAGCGUCAACGCUGUGGCCAACAAGGCCACAGGAGGCGGCUACGAGGGUGACGAGUACCAGAACGCAGAGCUCGUCUUCCUGGACAUCCAGAAUAUCCACGUCAUGAGGGAAUCCCUGAAGAAACUCAAAGACAUCGUCUACCCCAAUGUGGAGGAAUCCCAUUGGCUGUCCAGUCUAGAGUCUACACACUGGCUAGAACAUGUUAAGCUGGUGUUGUCGGGAGCCAUCCAAGUAGCAGACAAGGUUUCCAGUGGGAACUCAGUGGUGAUUCACUGCAGCGACGGCUGGGACCGCACCGCCCAGCUCAGCUCUCUGGCCAUGCUGAUGCUGGACAGUCACUACCGCACGCUCCGAGGAUUCCAGGUGCUGAUUGAGAAGGAAUGGAUCAGCUUUGGUCACAAGUUUGCCUCAAGGAUAGGUCACGGUGACAAAAACCAUGCGGAUCAGGACAGAUCCCCCAUCUUUGUUCAGUUCAUCGACUGCGUAUGGCAGAUGACCAAACAGUUUCCUACAGCGUUUGAGUUUAACGAGCGCCUCCUGCUGACCAUCCUGGAUCACCUCUACAGCUGCUGCUUCGGGACCUUCCUCUACAACUGCGAGAGUAUGCGAGACCAGCAAGAGGUGAGGUUGAAAACGGUGUCUCUGUGGUCCCUGGUCAACAGUAAGAUGGAGAUGUAUUUAAACCCCUUCUACACCCCCGAGUCGGGCAGGGUCCUCUACCCCGUUGCCAGCAUGCGCCACCUAGAGCUGUGGGUAACCUACUACAUCCGCUGGAACCCUCGCAUACGGCAUCAGCAGCAGAGUCCUGUGGAGCAGCGCUACAAGGAGCUGUUGGCGCUCCGAGAAGAGUACCUGAAGAAGCUAGAGGCGCUGGAGCUGUCUGACUCCUCCCCUUCCUCCCGUCUGGCUAACACCCCCAACACCCCCGCCUCCUCCACACCGCCACAGCAAUACACACAACUGCAAACUCCCCUCUGAGGGCUCAUGACACACACACACACACACACACACACACACACACACACACACACACACACACACACACACAC